AUGUUCCUGUACAAAGCCCUUAAACACAGAGAUGAAGAAGAGGACGUCCAGUCCCAGAAACCCUGGAUAGAAAGCACUUUCACCAAAAGGGAAUGUGUGCACAUACUUCCAGUGUCAAAGGACCCCCACAGAUGCCUUCCAGGAUGCCAGAUUUGCCAACAGCUAGUCCGGUGCUGCUGUGGGCGGCUGGUGCGGCAGCAUGUUGGCUUCACCGCCAGCUUGGCCACCAAGUACUCGGACGUGAAGCUGGGUGAAAAGCCCAGCCAAGCCGUCCCUGAACUGGAGGAGUGGUCGGUGGAACGACACACAGAGGCCAGCCCCACUGACGCCUAUGGUGUCAUCAACUUCCAGGGAGGGUCUCACUCCUACAGAGCCAAGUAUGUGCGGCUCUCCCACGACUCACGGCCAGAAAGCAUCCUCCGGCUGAUGCUGAAGGAAUGGAACAUGGAGUUACCCAAGAUACUCAUCUCUGUACACGGAGGAGUGCAAAACUUCGAGCUGCACCCACGCAUCAAGCAGGUUGUCGGCAAGGGCCUCAUCAAAGCGGCGGUGACCACAGGGGCCUGGAUCUUCACUGGAGGGGUCAACACAGGUGUGGCAAAGCACGUAGGUGACGCUCUCAAAGAACACUGUUCCAGAUCGUCAAAGAAAAUUUGCACUGUUGGGAUUGCGCCAUGGGGAGUCAUUGAGAAUAGGAAUGAUCUGAUUGGCCGAGAUAUUGUUGCCCCGUAUCAGACACUGUUAAACCCUCUCAGCAAACUAAAUGUUCUCAACAACCUGCACUCCCACUUCCUCCUGGUGGACGACGGCACCGUGGGGAGGUACGGUGCCGAGGUCAAUCUGCGGCGGGAUCUGGAGAAGCACAUCAACCUCCAAAGAAUACACGCACGUAUUGGUCAGGGUGUUCCUGUGGUGGCUCUGAUCUUUGAGGGGGGGCCCAACGUGAUCCUGACGGUGUUGGAGUACCUUCAGGAAAGCCCCCCCGUCCCUGUGGUGGUGUGUGAGGGCACGGGUCGCGCUGCUGAUAUUCUGGCCUAUGUGCACAAGCAGACGGAGGAGGGAGGCGGCCUCCCUGAUGGAGUGGAAACUGACAUUAUAGCAACCAUUAAGAAAACCUUCAACUUCAGCCAGAGUGAUGCCAACCACCUUUUUCAGACUCUGAUGGAGUGUAUGAGAAGCAAAGAACUGAUCACUGUGUUUCACAUCAGCUCUGAGGAUCACCAGGACAUCGAUGUGGCCAUUCUGAGGGCUUUACUCCAAGGCACAAAUGUCUCUGCCUUCGAUCAGCUGGUCCUGUGUCUGGCCUGGGACCGUGUUGACAUCGCCAAGAAUCACGUGUUUGUGUAUGGACAACAGCUCCUGGUGAGUUCGUUAGAGCAGGCCAUGCUGGACGCACUCAUCAUGGACAGGGUGGAUUUUGUGAAGUUGCUCAUAGAGAAUGGCGUGAGCAUGCACCGCUUCCUGACAAUCAGUCGACUGGAGGAACUCUACAACACGAAACAGCCACCAUACAACCCGACUCUUCUCCACUUGGUCAGGGAUGUUAAACAGAGUCACCUGCCUCCAAAUUAUAAAAUAACUCUGAUUGAUGUGGGUCUGGUUAUCGAGUACCUGAUGGGCGGGACUUACAGGUGCAACUACACCAGGAAACGCUUCCGAAUAAUUUACAACAACCUCCAUGGCAACAGCAGGAGAUCAGGACGUAACCUGGUAGGUCCCGGCUCUCACCUGAGGAAGAAUCACGAAUCUUUCAGCAUGCAGGCAGACAAGAAGGAGAAGACGAGGCACAACCAUUUCAUCAAGACUGCACAGCCCUACAAACCCAAGCUGGAGUCGCCCACAGAUCUGAACAAAAAGAGGAGCAAAGAAGAGAUCGUAGACAUCGAUGACCCAGAGACGCGGCGGUUUCCCUACCCCUUCAACGAGCUCCUGGUGUGGGCUGUGCUGAUGAAGAGGCAGAAAAUGUCACUGUUCUUCUGGCAGCACGGCGAGGAGAACAUGGCGAAGGCCCUGGUGGCCUGCAAACUCUGCAGAUCCAUGGGCUACGAGGCCAAGAAGAGUGAUGUGGUGGACGACACAUCAGAGGAGCUCAAGGAGUACUCCAAUGACUUUGGAACUUUGGCCGUGGAUCUGCUGGAGCAGUCGUUCAGGCAGGACGAGACCAUGGCCAUGAAGCUGCUGACCUAUGAACUAAAGAACUGGAGUAAUUCCACCUGUUUGAAGUUGGCGGUCUCCUCCCACUUACGACCCUUUGUGGCUCACACCUGCACUCAGAUGCUGCUGUCGGACAUGUGGAUGGGGAGGCUGAACAUGCGCAAGAACUCCUGGUACAAGGUGAUUCUCAGUAUCCUGGUCCCUCCUGCCAUCCUGCUGUUGGAGUACAAAUCCAAGGCUGAGAUGGCUCACAUCCCCCAGAGUCAGGAUGACCACCAGAUGACCAUGGAAGACAGCGAGCACAACUUCCAGAACACAGCUGACGACAUCCAGAUGGACGUGUUCAAAGAGUCGAGAGCCCAGGAUCACACCGAGGUGAAAAACGACAUCGAGACGCACGUUCGAUCCAGGAGGCUGCCGUUAAUCAGGAAGAUGUACGCCUUCUACCAUGCUCCCAUUGUCAAGUUCUGGUCCAACACGCUCUUCUACCUGGCCUUCCUGAUGUUGUAUUCAUACGUGGUCCUGGUGAAGAUGCCUGAAUUCCCAUCUCCUCAGGAGUGGGUGGUCAUCCUCUACAUCAUCACUUCUGCUGUGGAAAAGAUCCGAGAGAUGUUCAUGUCUGAAGCAGGCAAGAUCAGCCAGAAGAUCAAGGUGUGGUUCAGUGACUAUUUUAACGUCUCAGACUUUGUGGCCAUUAUAAUGUUCUUCAUUGGCUUUGGCCUGAGGCUGGCCGGGGGCGUGGCCUUCAUCCCCGGCAGGACAGUUUACUGUCUGAACAUCAUCUUCUGGUACGUGCGUCUCCUGGACAUCCUGGCUGUCAACCAACAGGCCGGGCCCUACGUCAUGAUGAUCGCCAAAAUGGUGGCCAACAUGUUUUACAUAGUGGUGAUAAUGGCUAUAGUCCUGCUCAGCUACGGCGUUCCCAGAAAAGCUAUUCUGUAUCCGCACGAGGAGCCCAGCUGGACUCUGGCCAAGGACGUGGUCUUCCAGCCCUACUGGAUGAUGUACGGAGAAGUGUAUGCUUAUGAGAUCGAUGUGUGUGCAAAUACCACUGAAAACAAUGUGAAAGAACUGUGUACAGCAGGAGUGUGGCUCACUCCCCUCUUACAAGCCGUCUACCUCUUCGUGCAGUAUAUCCUCAUGGUCAACCUCCUCAUUGCCUUCUUUAACAAUGUAUACAUGCAAGUCAAGUCCAUUUCCAACCUGGUGUGGAAGUACCAGCGGUACCACUUCAUCAUGGCCUACGACGAGAAGCCGUUCCUGCCGCCGCCGUUCAUCUUCCUGUUCCACAUCUACUCUCUCUUCUGUAUGUGUAGGAAGAGCAAGAAGGAGAACACCUACGGUCCAAAGCUGUUUCUAACAGAAGAAGACCAGAAGAAGCUCCAUGAUUUUGAGGAGCAGUGCGUGGAGACGUACUUUCAUGAAAAAGACGAUCAGUUUCACUCUGGCAGUGAGGAGCGGAUCCGUCUCACUGCAGAAAGAGUUGACAUCAUGUGUCUGCAGCUGAAGGAGGUCGGGAACAAGGUGAACUUCAUAAAGCGCUCGCUGCACACGCUGGACUCUCAGAUCGGUCACCUGCAGGACCUCUCUGCUCUGACUGUUGACACUCUGAAGACCCUCACCGCCCAGAGGGCCUCCGAGGCCAGCAAGGUCCACAACCAGAUCACACGGGAGCUCAGCCUGUCCAAGAACGUGGUCCCCAGCAUCGCAGCCGUGGCCACGGACACCGGGCCUCACUCCAAAUCCUCUGUGAUCGGAAAACACAGCGUGGGGCCUUACUUUGGCUCCUCUUUUCCACAGGCUCAGGUGGACAUAGCAGAUUCUCUGUUUGGGACAGGUGUGAGCGCAGCAGGUCUGACUGAGAGCUUCAGGAGAGUCCGGCCAAGCGCAGGACUGGGGCUGGACCCCAGUGUGAACCCAGGGCUCGGUCCAGAGACGGGAGACCCGUUUGGGUUCGGACACCUGGCCGUAGAGGCAGGCUCCUCAGGCGGUGCUGACCCCAGUGCCUUUGUCCAAAGUGCCGCGGCGGCCGACUCCCCUACAGAACUGUGUCUCCACGGCCACUCGCUGGUUCACAGCAGACACGCCCGUCCACAGGAGCCAGGCCUCUCAGACACUCCAUCCAGCCUGCCCAACGUUCCCUCUCCUGUGGCUCAGUUCCACAUCAGCAGCACCCCAUCCCAGGUCAGUGGCUCCAGCCACCCGGAGCUCCGGCCGGACAGCACGGCGGUAGAGUUUGGUGCUUUUAUGGGACAUAAAGACAGUGUGGAGUGGCAGCACUCGACGCCCAAAGACUCCUCCGUGUCCAGCAGACAGCCCAGCCCGGAGUCAGAGACCAGGCCACAGGCUCAACCUGAAGGUCACGGCCCCAUCAGAGCCGUCAACUCCUACGCUGGGUUCACAGAGUUUGACCGAAAACCCGCCUUUCUCCAUCCUGACUUCUCUCUAACAAAGAGGGAGAGAAGCAGAGUGUCGGCUGAAGACAUCCUCAUCCACGAGGAUCCCAGGACUGCAGUCUUGGAAAAAGUUCAGUUCAAAUCAGUCCAAGCCAACAGUCUAAGAGCUCCUGGUCAGGAGAGUCUCAGUGCUGCUAGUGCGUCUCUCUACGCCCCGCGUCACACCCACCUGGGAGCCAGAAAGGACUCUAUUGGUUCACCUUUCAAGCCAAUGGAGAGCUACCAGUACUCAGCUGUUGAACGCAACAACCUGAUGAGACUGUCCCAGAGCAUCCCGUUUACUCCUGUGCCCCCUAAAGGUGAACCGGUGACGGUGUACCGUCUGGAGGAGAGUUCUCCUAACACCAUCAACAACAGCAUGUCUUCCUGGGCCCAGCGGGGCCUUUGUGCCAAAAUCGAGUUCCUCAGUAAGGAGGAGAUGGGCGGAGGACUCCGACGAGCCCUCAAGGUGCUCUGCACCUGGUCAGAGUACGACAUCCUGAAGCCAGGUCACCUGUACAUCGUCAAGUCCUUCCUGCCAGAGGUGGUCCAGACCUGGCAGAGCAUCUACAAGGAGGACACCGUGCUGCACCUCUGUCUCAGGGAAAUUCAACAACAAAGAGCUUCUCAGAAAUUGACCUUUGCCUUCAAUCAAGUCAGACCCAAAACCAUUCCAUAUUCACCGAGGUUUCUGGAGGUGUUUCUGCUCUACUGUCAUUCUGCUGGACAGUGGUUCGCCAUAGAGGAGUGCAUCACCGGGGAAUUCAGGAAGUUCAACAACAACAACGGGGACGAAAUCGUUCCCACCAACCUGCUGGAGGAAACCAUGCUGGCCUUCAGCCACUGGACCUACGAGUACACGCGUGGCGAGCUGCUGGUGCUCGACCUGCAGGGAGUCGGGGAGAUACUGACGGACCCCUCUGUCAUCAAGAGUGGUGAGAAGGGUUCGUACGAUAUGAUAUUUGGACCGGCCAACCUGGGAGACGAUGCCAUCAGGAACUUUCGUGCAAAGCACCACUGUAACUCCUGCUGUCGCAAACUCAAACUACCUGAUCUGAAGAGAAACGAGUACACACCAGAUAAGGUGACGUUCCCACAGGAAGACCCUUCCAACCUGGGGGGCAGCAUCAAGGAGGCCCACUAAUCAAUGAGGCUGAUGCUGCGAUCAGUCCAAAACCAGCCAACCAGGGUAUGAGUGGCCGUCACGCCGCACCUUUUACUUUCUAUAAAUGUAUAUAAGUAUAUAUUCAUUUGAUUUUGUCAAAGCCAAGAAGGGGAGAAAAGAAAAGCCUCAACUGGAAAACUCACAUCUGGCUUUCCAUGAAAACCAGUGCAUGCAGACUGUGUUGACGUUUAAUACCAGUGCCACCGAGAUGCUGUGUCUCACACACACACACACACACACACACACACACACACCAUUCAACUGUUUUGGAGUUCGUUGUGGGCGAAGAACAUAUGUAAACCUAUAUAAAUAGAUAUAUAAUAUAAAAACUGGAUAUUUCAACAGGUACAGGUUUGUUUGCAGAUGAUUUAUUAUUUAUUCUAAAGUCGGAGAAGUUGCCUUGUUUUAACUAAAAAAUAAAUGAAUAAACAAAAAAAAAAGAUCAAGUGCAUUGUUGACCUGUUACAGCAGCUCCAGAGAGAAGAGGCUGCUGACUCUGCAGGGCUGCCGCACGCCACACCAUUUUUAUAAAUGUAUAAAGACUUAGUUUCACAUGAUUUUUUGUUUUUGUUUUUGUUUUUUUUUGUUUUACUUAAUGAAACUAUAUACACAAGUUUGAGAAUUUUGUAAUUUAUAGGCAGAUUGCAAUGCAACUUUUACAGAACGUUGUAUGUAAUUUUAUUGUACUGAAAUUGUGUCCACCAAAAUAUGAACUAUGAUGCUUUUUAUUGUUACAAAGGUACAAUUGCUUUAUCUUUGUCAUCAACUGUUGUAUGAGCAAUCAAGUGUAUCUUAUAGAUACUGUUUAAUGAGCAUGAGCUGAACAGAUUCAAAUAUUUUAUUCAGGGGAAUUGACAAACAUGAGGGUAUUACUGUAUACGUUUUGUACUGGGCGUCAUUUUAAACAAAUAAAAUGUUUUUGAAAAGCUUGA